GCCAGGGCACUGGGGAGCAAAUGGCUGCCGUGUGGCAGCUGUGACUUGGCUUCGCAUGUCUGGCGGGAGUUCGAUCCUGUCAGUGAGACGUGCUUCCGGGAGAAGAGUUGUAAAGCACGCCUCCGGCUGCUUCCCGGGCUCAGUGACGACCCAGAAGCUUAGACGCCGCACUUUGCCCCACUUCCUCCGAAGAAGCCAAGAGCCCUGUGGAGACAUACAGGAAGAAGAGUAGGGUCCCACGGACAGUUUCAUAAACCAGCGGGCGCAGAAAUCAGCCCGUCUUUCCAGGGGUUGGUAUUUCGGAGAGGAAAUUUCAUCGGUGAAGUUUGGUCAGCAAGAAGCCUGCCUUCCAGUCAGCGCUUGGCUCCCUGCUGAAGUGUGUGUGUGUCCCGUAACCAUCAAAAUGUCCGCAAGUGACUUUUAUUUUUAUGAGAGAAACUGCUUCCAGCAUGGGACCUGUCACUCCCCUGAGCUGCCCCUCUCUGUCUCCGUGCCCCCCACCCGGACAUAACCGAAUAUUGAAAUGCUCCUUUACCCGAGGAUAGUGAACCUUCCUUGUGGAGAGCCAGCAGCCUGUGGUAAUCCUGGCACCCAUGGGGGCUCCUGAGACCUUAUUGGUGCGGGGCAGCCGCUCUAGGCUGGAGGAGUGGCCUCUGCUCCAUUUGUCCCUCUCCAUCCGAGAGUCCCAUUAAGAGACACAGCGCAGGAGACCCUGAGCUCCCUCUGAGGCGGAUGGGGCUUCUUCCGGUUUGCCUUCCCUCAGCGCUCUCCUCCCUGAGUGUUUUUCUCAUCUGUCCUCUUUGGGGCGCACAUACUCCCGUGAGCAGCAGAGAAAUUUGUGGGGCCCGCGAGGGUGUCCAGGGCCACCAGAAAUCCUGGCGGCUGGCUUUGACUGUGGAGAACAUCCCAGAGCAGACUUCCCAGGAAUGACAGCUUGGUGGAUGCCAUUUGCUGUAGAGAUGGCUCUGAAGGUCCAGAGUCUCCCCGAGGCGCAGCACUGCAGGCUGGCCCUGCCUUGUCUGGAGUUCACAUCUGACAUGUCCCCAUUCCUGAGCGGCUGAAAUAGGCCCUGCAUAAAUUAACCCCCCCCCCAUACACACUACAUUCCUUCCUUUCUUUCUUUUCACUCAUUAAUGCAUUCAUUCAUUCAUCCUGGUGGGUACACCUAAAAUUAGAACUGAGAUCCGAGUUUCUAGCACCUUGGUUUUUGUAACAGUGGCUCCUUCCAAAUUCUCACAGAAGGAAAGUUUCUCAGGGAGAUCCUUGGUUUUGUGUCAGCCUUCUUGUAGAAUUCUCUGUAAAGAUGAACGCUGGUUCCGAAGGCUUCGCCAGAAUCCCCUGAGAGCUAACAUACAGACUCACAGGGCCCAUCCCUGGAGGUGUUUCUGAUGUAGACAUUCUGGAGUGGGGCCUGAGCAUCUUUAUUUCUUUUUCUUGCUCUUGGUCUUAGUGCACAAUCCUUGAUACAAGUGCUGUGUAAGUCAGUUUCAGGUGUACAGCAUAGCGACCUGACUGACCUACAUUGAGAGUCUGCAUUUCUAGCAAAGGUCCUCUGAUGCUCCCUCGUGGGGACCAUACUUUGGGGUGGCCUGUGUGGCAGGAUCAGUAGUAGUUAAAUUCUCACUGGCUGGAUGAGACUGACAUUCCCUUCACGUGGUGUUUACGUCAUUUUUGCUCCGUGCCGUUGUGCCUGCACCCUCCCAAGCUUCUGUGUUCCCUAUCUCUUGCCCUCCCCCACUACUUCCCCCCACAGACACCUUGUUGGAACCCCAGGACCUGCGUGUGUAGGCUUCCUGCCAGAGCUCCUUCCUUUCAUUCCAGGCCUGCAUUUCCAUAUGCAUGGAAGCGGAAGUGGCCUAGGGGACAUAGAUGGCCUCUGAGGUCACACUGGUGGAUCAGUUGGAUCCAGCCACUCGGGCAGAACUGGGCUGUUCAGGAUUUCAGGCAGAGCCUGGUGGCUUCCUUCCAAUUUCCUUCUCCUUCUAGAAUUCAAGGGUGUAGAAUGUGGAGGUACCCCCCCGCCCCCAUCCCCCAUCUCUUUGCACAGCAAGGGCAGUGAGUGCUUGCAGACUCUUGCCCUGUGCAGUGAACUUUCCAGUCUGAGGUAGAAGUCCAGCCAUGCAUCCUGCCAGAGAGAGGAAGGCAGAGGUGAAGGUGUGAGAGAGGUCCUUUCCCUGCCUAGAAACAGGCAGAAAUGCAAGGCCAGGUGCCGAGCAGUCCGGAAGGGCAGAAGUGACUCAGAAUAUGAUUGUGACGAGUCAGAGAAUGUGAUUGAGGGAGUGCAUCUGUUCUCUCCAGCCCUGUGCCAGGACGCAGAUUUUGUCCAGAAGAAACUCAGCAGUGUUUAGAAGCUGGAUACGCUUUUGCUUUGCUGCCGGAUCUUCGGCGCAGGUUGCUUAACCCUCUGCACCUUAGUUUUCUCAUCUGUAUAGGGGGACCAGGGCUCCUCGGGUGUGGCUGGGAGGAUGCCGUGAGAUACUGUACUUAGCGUGUGGCAAGUAGUGUUCAAGACCCAGCAGCUGCCAUCAUCAUCAGUAGUGUUGGUAUUAAUAUUUGCAGAGUCAGAGUUUUAUAACAAAGAGCUUCGGGAAUUCUCUCAGUGGGAAUGAAGUGUGAAAGGUAGCCCCUGAGAGAUAGGAGUGGAGGGGGCUGGCAUGCAGAGGUGCAUUCUGGGAGAAGAAACUGAACAGAGAGGUCACCCCCGGCAGGAAGGCCAGAAGGUAAAGGAAGGCCAGAGCAUAGGGAGCUUUGAAUGGCAGGUUAGAAGGUCUCACUACUUCCUGUCAUCUUGAGGGAAUGUUUUGGAGGCAGACCUCAGAAGCCAGCCCCGUGGGAGGGCCCACAUACAUGGUCUUCACCGUCCCCCCCCGCCCCCCAAGCGGGGAGAAUGCAGAACUGGCCAGAGCAGCUCGCGUUGCUGUUGCCGAGUUGGGCCCAGCCUGCUGGAGCAUUCCAUGGGACACUCCAAGGCCUCAUCUGACCAAAGCCCAUGCCAAUGAGGGAGACGGUGACUUGCCUGGGUUGCCGCCCCGUGCAAGGCAUAGACCGAGCCCAUCGCCAAGAAACACAUCAACGUCCUGGAACUCAGAGCCGUCAUCACAGCUGUCAGCCUUCACAGCACACACAAGGCUGUCCUGGUUAGAGGAGACAGUCUUGCCCCACGCUUUGCAGGCCAGGGAGAACGGGCAUUGCCGUGGUGCGACACCUCAUCUGGUUCGGUUUUGUCCCCAGCCUAGACAAGAGGGACGGAAGAGUAUUUUCCUUUCUGACGGAGCUCGGUCUAAGAGAGACGUCCUUGCGGCUUAUAAAGCCCCCUAUUAGAGCAUCCAUGGGCCUCUCCUGUCAUCCUAGGCAUCUGACUUACCCCAUCUGUCCCGCAGGCCUUUAGGAGAGAUUUUAGAUUUCACUUAAGAAUCCUUUGGGUUUUCAGAAGCUGAGAAGCUUUGUUUCUAGACGAUCUUCCCUUUUAUCUUUCAUCUCUCCUUUGCUAUCUCAUUGGACCUGGAGACAGGCUCCUUAAUCUUUUCUUUCUGGCUUUACAUAGCAUUGUCCCUUAUCUCCUCGGGGGCCUGUGGGCUGGAGGCCAGCCUUCCCUGCCCCCUCAUCCUCACAGAUGGGCCUCUGCCCUCUCCAAGUCAUCCUGCUUCCAGUGGAUCAGGACAGAGCCCGUGUGGGAAUGCAAACUCAGCGUCCCCCCGCAGGAGCCCCGAGAGCCUCCCCUCCAGAUUCCCAGCCUGUGCUCCUCAAGUUCUCCUGCUCGAGUCACCUUCUAGGACACAGGCUCUCCUCACCUGGUUUUUUCUGCCCUCUUUUUCCUCCUCCUCUCGCCACCCCGCCCCACCCAGGCGAUGGUGAUAGAGGUGAAGGGUAUCUUGAAUUUUCUUCCAAGAACUGUCCUGGGCUUAUCCACUUGCUGAGUUCUGUGAAUACCUCAGGCCUGAUGGAACCCCAGUAACCCCUUGUCCCUCAGCUUUAUUGCAAGAUGUCUUCAGUAUUCAGAUCCUUUACAUCCAAGAUCAGAAGAUAGAAGUUUCAGGGUCAAGUGUGUCAGGUCGCCGUGCUCCCAUUCUGGGUCCCUGUGUGUACUGAGGAGAUUCCUUGGUGGACUUUUUUAAAGUAUCUUUUUUAAAUGAGCGGGGAGGGUAAGUUCAAAAGUUAAUGAGAGUCGUAGUUAUAUUUUGGAAAGUUUAAAUUCCAGAGGCUCAUCUCUGUGAUGGUGGCUUUUUAAUAAUUAUACAUUGAACUAUAAUUCACUUUAUUUGGAGAUGGUGGUAGUUUCUAGAAAACAACCAUGGAGCUGUUGCGCUCGACUUUCUUCCUAUUAAAAUUUACUGUGAGGGGCGUCUGGGUGGCUCAGUCAGUUAAGUGUCUGACUUUGACUUAAGUCAUGAUUUUGGGGUCCUUCGGUCUGGCCCCUUGUCGGCCGCCCUGCUCAGUGGGGAGCCUGCUUCUCCCUCUCUUUCCGCUCUUCCCCCCAUUCGUGUUCCUUCUCUUUCUUGCUCACUCUCUCAAAUAAAUAAAAUCCUGAAAAAAUUGGCUUGAAAUUUGCUGUGAAUUAAGAAAUGAAUAAAAAGGGAGGAAAAUCUGGCUUGUUUUUUGUGGUGGUGUUUUGUUUUUUUCUUCUCCCACAGUGUUUCACUUUACCCUAGACAUCUUUAAGUUUGGGUGGGGGUGAUCUGCAAGGAUGAUUUUGCAUUUCUAAAACCUGAUGAGAAUUUUAAUAAGCUUGACCUGAUUCAUAGUUUAAAGGAAGGCUGCUCCGACUCUGCACGCCAGAGGUGGUGGCUUUGAGGUGUGACCCUGCCCGCGUCUGGGCUCCGCCAGUGCCAGCCUCUCAGUAAGGAGGGCCAGCUUGAUAAGACGAGGAAAACAGUGUCAACAAGUGAUAGAAGAGAAGAAAAAAAAAAAGAAGCGAACGCAGACCCCUUUCCUACUCCACGUGGAUGAUAGCUAUAGCAGGGGAAGGUCUCAUAGUAUAUGAGUUGGGGCAGAAAAUGGAGUUCUAUGGCAGAGGCUUCUUAGAAGCUUAAACCCUUGACCCAAUGACGUCAAGUCCGCCCAUUGGCUUGGAAGGUUCAGACUUGUCUUCUGUCAACACCAUGAUGUCAACGGUAAUGAGUGUAGGGAAGGUCGCCGAGAAUGGCGGGAGCCCCCAGAGCGCCAAGUCCCCCACGAAGCCUCCGGGACCAAAUCGGAUUGGCAGAAGGAACCAGGAAACGAAAGAGGAGAAGUCUUCCUAUAACUGUCCCCUGUGUGAAAAGAUUUGCACUACCCAGCAUCAGCUAACCAUGCACAUUCGUCAGCAUAACACGGACACUGGAGGGGCAGACCAUUCGUGCAGCAUCUGCGGGAAGUCGCUGAGCUCGGCCAGCUCCCUGGACCGCCACAUGCUGGUGCACUCUGGCGAGAGGCCCUACAAAUGUACCGUGUGUGGCCAGUCGUUCACCACCAAUGGGAACAUGCACAGACAUAUGAAGAUUCACGAGAAGGACCCUAACAGUGCUACAGCUACGGCCCCCCCAUCCCCACUGAAGCGUCGGCGGCUGCCCUCCAAGAGGAAACUGAGUCACGAUGCCGAGUCAGAGAAAGAAGACCCAGCACCUGCUAAAAAGAUGGUGGAAGAUGGGCAGCCGGGGGACUUGGAGAAAGCUGAAGAAGUGUUUCACUGCCCCAUAUGCUUUAAGGAGUUCGUUUGCAAGUAUGGACUGGAGACCCACAUGGAAACCCACUCAGAUAACCCACUAAGAUGUGACAUUUGCUGCGUUACCUUUCGAACACACCGAGGAUUGCUGCGCCACAACGCGCUCGUCCACAAACAACUUCCCAGGGACGCGAUGGGAAGGCCUUUCAUUCAGAACAACCCUUCCAUUCCUGCUGGCUUCCAUGACUUAGGUUUCACUGACUUCUCCUGUCGGAAGUUUCCUCGAAUUUCUCAGGCCUGGUGUGAGACAAACCUGCGAAGGUGCAUCAGUGAUCAGCACCGUUUCGUCUGCGAGACCUGCGACAAGGCGUUCCCCAUGCGCUCCUCCCUCGCCCUGCACAGGCAGACCCACGUCGCCACGGACCAGGGACGGGAAAGGCUGCAGGCCAGGACCCUGCCCGGUGACGCCCCGGACCAGAAGGUCUUCCUGGCCUUCCUGGGCCUGCAGCACACCAAAGACGUCAGGCCUGCCCCCGCUGAGGAGCCGUUGCCGGAUGACAACCAAGCAAUACAGCUCCAGACACUCAGAUGUCAGCUACCUCAGGACCCCGGCUGCACCAGCAUGCUGAGUCUAUCUCCUUUCGAAGCUGCUUCCCUGGGCGGCUCUCUCACGGUCCUCCCGGCUACCAAGGAGAACAUGAAGCACCUGUCCCUGCAGCCCUUCCAGAAGGGCUUCAUCAUACAGCCUGACAGCAGCAUCGUGGUCAAGCCCAUCUCCGGCGAGUCCGCCAUCGAGCUGGCCGACAUCCAGCAGAUUCUGAAGAUGGCAGCCUCCGCUCCCCCGCAGAUCAGUCUUCCGCCUCUAUCCAAGGCCCCCGCCGCCCCUCUGCAGGCUAUCUUCAAACACAUGCCCCCUCUGAAGCCAAAGCCCCUGGUCACCCCGCGGACGGUGGUGGCCACGUCCACGCCCCCGCCUCUCCUCAAUGCCCAGCAGGCCUCCCCCGGCUGCAUCAGCCCCAGCCUCCCCCCGCCACCCCUGAAGCUCCUCAAAAGCCCCAUGGAGGCAGCUUCCAGUGCCCACCUGCUGCCGUCCCAGGCAGGAGCCCAGCCAGACACCGCAGCGCAGCUCUUCCUGCAGCAGCCACGGGCGGACCUGCCGGGCCAGGCCGAGAUGAAGACGCAGCUGGAACAAGACAGCAUCAUCGAGGCCCUGCUGCCCCUGAGCAUGGAGGCCAAGAUCAAGCAGGAGAUAACGGAGGGGGACCUCAAGGCCAUCAUGACGGGGCCCGGUGGCAAGAAGACGCCAGCCAUGCGCAAGGUGCUCUACCCCUGCCGCUUCUGCAACCAGGUGUUCGCCUUCUCCGGGGUGCUGCGCGCGCACGUGCGCUCCCACCUGGGCAUCUCGCCGUACCAGUGCAACAUCUGCGACUACAUCGCCGCCGACAAGGCCGCGCUCAUCCGCCACCUGCGCACGCACAGCGGCGAGCGGCCCUACAUCUGCAAGAUCUGCCACUACCCCUUCACCGUCAAGGCCAACUGCGAGCGGCACCUGCGCAAGAAGCACCUCAAGGCCACGCGCAAGGACAUCGAGAAGAACAUCGAGUACGUGACCAGCAGCGCCGCGGAGAUGGUGGAUGCCUUCUGCGCCCCGGACACGGUGUGCCGGCUGUGCGGCGAGGACCUGAAGCACUACCGCGCGCUGCGGAUCCACAUGCGCACACACUGCGGCCGCGGCCUGGGCGGCUGCCCCAAGGGCCGCAAGCCCUUUGAGUGCAAGGAGUGCAGUGCCGCCUUCUCAGCCAAGCGCAACUGCGUCCACCACAUCCUCAAGCAGCACCUGCACGUGCCCGAGCAUGACAUCGAGAGUUACGUCCUGGCGGCCGAUGGCCUGAGCCAUGCUGACGCGGCUGCCGAGGCCGCGGGGAGGAUGGAGGACGGUGGCGGGACCUUCGGCGACCGGAAGCCCCUGGCUGCCUUCCUGGAGCCGCAGAACGGCUUUCUUCACGGGGCGCCGCAGCCGCUGCCACCCCACAUCUCCGUCAAGCUGGAGCCCGCCGGCAACUUCCCGGUGGACUUCAACGAGCCCCUGGACUUUUCCCAGAAGGGCCUGGCCCUGGUCCAGGUGAAGCAGGAGAACAUCGCUGGCUUCCUGAGCCCCUCCUCCUCGGCGCCCUAUGACUGCUCCCUGGAGCCCAUCGACCUGUCCAUCCCCAAGAACUUCAGGAAAGGAGACAAGGAUACCACCGCUCCCGGGGAAGCCAAGAAGCCAGAGCAGGAACCAGGGAACGGCGAGCAGCCCACUCCCUGUCCUCCACCAUGCCCUACCCUGCCAGUGACCUUGGGGCCCAGUGGGAUCCUGGAAAAGCCCGGGGCCUCUGCAGCCAGCAUUCUGGAAGCCCACGCUCAGCCCUUGCAGGGCUCAGUUCAGCUUGCUGUCCCCAUCUACUCCUCCACUCUGGUCAACAGCCCCCCCAUCUUGGGCAGUUCCACGCUCAUCAGCAGCCCUGCACUGCUGCGGCCGCUGCGCCCCAAGCCCCCACUGCUCUUGCCAAAGCCCCCUGUGACAGAAGAGCUGCCCCCGCUGGCCUCCAUCGCCCAGAUCAUCUCAUCGGUGUCCUCAGCCCCCACUUUGCUGAAAGCGAAGGUGGCCGACCUGGGGCCCACGAGCACGGGCAGUAACAGCACAGCCCCAGACGGCUUGGGGAGCACUGUCCCCAGAGCUGCCGCUGCCCCCGCCAACACCACCAGCCCAAAAGAAUCCAGCGACCCAUCCCCUCCUGCCAACAGCCCGGAGGCGGCCUCACCCACGGAGCAGGGGCCAGUGGGCUUGUCCAAGAAGAGGGGUCGGAAAAAGAGCAUGAGGAGCCGGCCCCGCUCCAGCAGCGGCGGGGUGGACCUGGACUCCAGCGGGGAAUUUGCCAGCAUCGAGAAGAUGCUGGCCACGACGGAUACCAACAAGUUCAGUCCGUUUCUACAGACUGCAGAGGACAAUUCUCAGGAUGAGGUGGCCGGAGCCCCCGCAGACCCCCACGGGCCCAGUGACGAGGAGCAGGGCAGCCCUCCUGAAGACAAGCUGCUGAGGGCCAAGCGGAACUCCUACGCCAACUGCCUGCAGAAGAUCAACUGUCCCCACUGCCCCCGGGUCUUCCCCUGGGCCAGCUCCCUCCAGAGGCACAUGCUCACGCACACUGGUCAGAAACCCUUCCCUUGUCAAAAAUGCGAUGCCUUCUUUUCUACCAAAUCUAACUGUGAACGCCACCAGUUGCGCAAACACGGAGUUACCAACUGUUCCCUGAGAAGAAACGGGCUUAUCCCCCAGUCAAAAGAGAGUGAUGUUGGACCCCAUGAUAGCACAGAUAGCCAGUCGGACGCAGAGACACCAGCGGCGGGCGGUGAAGUGCUGGACCUCACCUCCCGCGAGAAAGAGCAGCCUGCGGCCGACGGAGCCCCUGCGCCCGACGAGGUCCAGGAGGAGCUCCGCGCAGAGGAAGUGCCGCAGGGCCCGGCCGCACUGCCCGGGGUGGGGGAUGAGCAGGACGUGGGGGAGAGCCAGGAGCACGAGGACAAGCACGGUGUGGAGGAGAGGGAUGACGCAGACGGCCCGGAGGAAGACACCGUGAGCAACAAGAGCCUGGACCUCAACCUCGCCAGUCGGCUGAUGGGCUUCAAGCUGGCCGAGGGCGACGCGGGCGCCGCGGGCAGCGGGGGCCCCACCCAGCAGGACCAGAAGCACUCCUGCGACGUCUGCGGCAAGAGCUUCAAGUUCCAGGGGACCCUGAGCCGCCACAGGAAGGCCCACGGCCGCGAGGAGCCCCGGGAGGAUGGCCCAGGCACCAGCGGAGCAGGGGCUGCCGAGGACCCGCUGCCCGGCCCGGCCGCUGCCCCCGCGCCCGAGCCGGAGGAGAAGCCCGCUCACCCCUCGGAGGAGCCCCCUGCGGAGGGGGUGGCCUCGUCGUCAUCAGAAGCCUCAGGGGACAGGCAGGGCGAGGAGGCGGAGGGCACCUCGGACGGGGAGAGCGUGGCCGAGAAGAAGUCCUCGGAGAAGAGUGACGACGACAAGAAGCCAAAGACAGACUCCCCGAGAAGCGCGGCCAGCAAGGCCGACAAGAGGAAGAAGGUGUGCAGCGUGUGCAACAAGAGGUUCUGGUCCCUGCAGGACCUGACGCGGCACAUGAGGUCCCACACAGGAGAAAGGCCAUACAAGUGUCAGACCUGUGAGCGAACCUUCACCCUGAAGCAUAGCCUGGUUCGCCAUCAGCGGGUCCACCAGAAAGCCAGGCACGCCAAGCAGCACGGGAAGGACAGCGACAAGGAGGAGCGGGGUGAGGAGGACAGUGAGAGCGAGUCUACCCACAGCGGCAACAACCCCGUCUCAGAAAACGAGGCUGACUCGGGUCCACCGGCCAGCAACCACGUGGCUGUCACCCGGAGCCGAAAGGAGAGUCUGGCCAGUGCCACCAAGGAUCCCAGCCGCAGGGAGGAACGGGCAGCAGGUCGGACGGCAGGUGCCUGCCAGGCUGAAGCUGGCAGGAGUGCUCCCAAGGCCGCUCCAGGGGGCAGCCCCAAGGGGCAAGCGUCUCUGGGUGACCCUGACCCAGAGAGCCCAGCGGCCCUCGUGGAGGCCCUGCCAGAGCUACAAGGCAAGGGGCCCGCCCACCCCACCCUGGCCGCCGACGGUGCCUCGCCACUCCUGGGGAUAGAAUGACAGCCCAUCACGUCCCCCCACCAGCACACAGACGAAAGCCAGCAGAGCAAAGUGUCCUGAAUCUGUAUUUCAUGAGGUUUCCUCAGUGCCCUUCAGCUGUCGGGGAGUGAGAGAGAGAAAGAGAGAGACAGACAGACAGACGGACGAGAGGGAGUGGGCCGUCUUGGCCGGUGCCAUAGCCUUACAUCUCCGUGCAAGAGACUCCGCACGCACACUUCCGGUGCCUUAAGUACUCACCAGUCCUUCAGUGUCAGCCUGGGCGUGUGUGUCUCCAAAAUGACUUUUUGAAACAAAGCAUAUAUUUUAAUGAAUUUCUUGGAGAGGACCUUUUCAUUUAAGCAUUAACGUUACCUUCUGUAUUGGUGUGUGUGAGCUUGUUCUUGCAAAUCUGUGAUAGUAACGUACGUUCUGUGAGCUGGAAACAGAAGAAAAAAAAUUUGUCCUUGGAUACCCAUAACCAAUAACUGGAAGAAGAUGAUGUGAAUUUCAUGUAAAUUGCCAGAGGAUAUGUGGAUAAGAUGUUCCUUUUUUCUCAAAUAGACCUUUUUCUCGUUCUGUUUGCUACAUGGUGGAGCUGUAAUUUGGGCCUCCAUAUGGCGGGAUGUGGUUGAUGAAGGUUUCCAGUUGAGCGCCAGCCAGAACCGGGGAAGAUUCUAGCCUCAACCUUGUACGUGUUUUCAGCGUUAGACAUGGUAUUACUGUUCAAGUUUCAAGACCUCUGUUCUUAACUUCCAGAGGAGAGUUACGCUGGCAACUUUAACCUAUGGAGAACGUGCACAGAUGUCCUGUAUCUGAUUUCCCCCAUGUUUGGUAUAUGUAUUAUUAAUAUUAUUAUUAUUAUUAUUAUUAUUUCAUCAGUUUGCUGGUCUCUGCAGUCAGCAGAAACAAAUGGGCAAUAUUUGUCCGGGGAGACCUGGGCUGCCCCUGGGUCCCGGUGUGGGCAUCUGCCCGCAGCUUUCCUUGCCCCCCCCCCCCCCCCCCGCCGGGUGGUAGCUCUUCUACUGUACUUAGACAAGCCUUUCUUCCGUGACUGCAGAGUCCAGCGGGGGCCGGGAGCGGUCCUCCCGCACGGGCCGGCCGGAGAGCAGCUCAGAGAGGGGAGAGCGAGGGGGCACGUGCCCGGGGCUUCCAAGGAAGCCAGGCAGCAAGGAGACCCGUCCCUCCCCGGUCUCCCUGCCAAACUGGGCCGAAGCCUUACCCGCCUGUGCUACUGUCGUUUGCAAAGCGAGGAAGUACUUCUACUACUACUGGUAAUAAAACUGCACGUGCAAGAUUGGAAGAUGAAAAAUAGAUUUGUAUUUACCUUCCUGUGACGUGGGGUUGGUGCUUGAAGCGAAACAUGCUAUUUCUGGUGUUCCUGAAAUAGCGUGAACCCUGGGUGCGAAAAGGCAGGAUUUUUUUUUUUUUCCACGAGCAUCCCAUGCGGGCCAUAGAAUUCCCUCACUGUAGCCGCCAGCAGUGAUGAGAGACGUUUCCCUACUGUAGCUGAUUUUGUGUUCAGCGUCCUGCCCCUCCGCCAAGACCUCUAGGGCGCCCGACCCACUAGCCCUCCCCUGGCCACCCCUGCCCCCGCACCCCAGCCCCUUCUGAUCCCCGAGGAGUCUUCCCCCUCCGCUUCCACUCACCAACGCAGACACACACACCUUUAUCUCCUCCGCUUCCUUCCCAACUCCUCCAUUUUGGGGGGCCAAAAUCCCAACUGCCCAGACUUCAAAGGAAGCUAUUUUUCUCUUGGGAUUAUUACUUGUGAUCUCUUUGCAUGUGAAAGGAAAAAGGUCGAGGUAUCUAUGACUUGUAACUGUACUGGGGAUGCCUGAACCCGAGGUGUGACUGACUCUAGAGGGCCACAGAUCAGAACCAAGGAUCUCCCGUUACCCCUUCACACCCAGUGUGGUUUGCGUAGUUCCAAUGCCUGUUCACGCAUCCCUUCAUUUUUUUUUUUUUUUAAAUGACCAUUGUUAUUGUUACCGUUGUUGUCACUAUUUGGGGUAUCUCGUGUUUUGUUUCUCUCUGCAACUCUCCACACUAAAACUCGCGACUCUGUGGAGGGAAGCCAUGACUGAGCGCUACGCUGUGGUGAGAUGUAGCAGGAAUGGGCCCGGCCGCGCAGCCGGGGGCCACAGCUCGCAAUAAUCACUAUUGAUUUAAAGCUUUAUUUAGCCUCCAUCUGUACCCUCGUAGUCGAUAAGGUCUUGCCACAUUUUAUUAGUGAGAUUGAGAAGUGUAUUAUUUGUUUGUUUUGCUCUCCCCUCCCCCAAUAUUAAACUGUGAAAUUUGUGAUUUGUUUAAACUCUGGGUGAAUCAUAGUUUAGUUUGCAUGUCCAGUUAAUUUGUUUCUAUACAAUUUGUUUGAUUCUCUUUCUCCUUCUCUCAGGGCUUUUACAAAAAAAAAAAAUAGUAUAUAUAUAUAUAUAUAUAUAUAUAUCUCCAUAUAUAUAUAUAUGGAUCUUCUGAAAAGUUUUUUGAGGUGCAAGUUUUUCUCUUGUUUUUCUCUUUGAUUUAUGGACACAAUGCUGAGAUUCAAUCACUACAUGAAACUCCCGGCUGUGAAAACAGAAUAUAAAACCUAGGGCUGUUUCCCACACGGCCCCGGGGGGAAGCUAUGCGACAGUCGGGGGCCGGUUUCAGAAAGAUGCACCAUCCCUUCCACCUGUCCGUCUCUGUCCUCUCUUUCCUCAAGAAGGAAGUUGAUCCCAGUGAUUUCAGCCCAUGCAUUAAACAGGAAACAAUAAUAAAUGUGUAGAAUUCAUAUUUUUCUAAAGGGAACUUAACUGCUGCUCCGUGUUAUGUACAAAACCGGUUUAUGCCACAGGAACAGAAUCACAAGUUUGGUUUUGGUACUUUUUGUUCCUCUUUGUAUUCAGUUGUAUAGUACUUCCAAAUUCAGAAUGAGAAGAAAAGCUGUUCUGUAUCAAACCAUCUAAGCAAUAAAUGUUAUAUUUUAAAAAUGGCAGAUUGCCGGUCA